GUUCCUGUGCUGUGUGGGGUAAGAAGUGGAGGUGUGUUAAAGUUCCUGUGCUCUGUGUGGUAGGUAAGCAUGCGGAGGACAUUUUUGCUGAGCUCUUUAACGAGGCCAGCAGCUUCUACUGGCGCACCGCCUCCUUACAGGACCGCAUCGACCGCCUCGCCAUCAAGGUCACGCAGCUGGACUCUAGCGUGGAGGAGGUCUCUCUCCAGGACAUUCACCUGCGUAAAGCCUUCCACAGCUGCACAGCUCAGGACCAGCAGGUGGUAUCCAAGGCCAGCAUCCCCACUCCUGUCGCUCAGAUGUAUCACCAUAGCGACCAGCCCCCUCCUCUCGGCUCGCUGACCCAGUACAGGGAGGAUGGGGUGAACGCUCUGAAGCUGUACUCCGACCCCUCCUACUUCUUCGACCUGUGGAAGGAGAGGAUGAUGAAGGCCACGGAGGAGACGAGGAGAGAGAGGAGGCGACAGAGAGAGCAGAAGCGAGGGAUGCAUGGCACUCUUCCGCGGGAGGUGAAGAGAGUGCGUAAAGUGAGGGAUCGCAAGGAGGAGUGGAGUCGCAUGGCUCUGGACCGGGAGCUCCGCCCUGACCGCGCCCACUCACACACACUCGCACACACACACUCUCACACACUCGCACACACACACACACACGCACUCGCAGGCCCACACACACACAUGCUGGCUGCUACUGUGAGGUUCACCAGGGAGUGCAGGCCUCUCUUUCAAGAGUUCCCUCCCACCCAUAUCAUGACCAAUCACAGGCCUCCCCAGCCAUCUCUGCCCAAUCAGCAUCAGGUCACGCCCCAGAGGGUGGAGCAUGAGUACCAUAGUAUAGGGGGUGCGGUGAGCAUCGCUGUGGUGUAUCGCGACGCAGCACACACACACACAAACACACUGACGCAAGCACACACACACACACACCCAAACGUUGAUGGAGUACUAUGCCAACACGUGUUCUCCCCCUGCUCCACCCCUCCCUCCUAUCAUUCCUUCACCUCUCACAGGGUUGGUCUGGCAACCAACGAUGCCCGAAGUGAUUUGCUGGCAGCAAUACGUGUUGGUAUCCAGCUGAAGAAGGUCCAGGAGCAGAAGGAUCUGAGAGCGAAGCGUCAGCCAUUAGGAGAUGAUGUGGCGGCCAUACUGUCUCGCCGUGUCGCGGUGGAGAUGAGUGAUUCAGAGGAAGGGGAGGAGUCAGAUGGGGAAGAUAUAUCAGACUCGGGCCGUGGCGGUUACCAGAUAUAUCAGACUCGGGCCGCGGCGGUUACCAGAUAUAUCAGACUCGGGCCGCGGCGGUUACCAGAUAUAUCAGACUCGGCCGCGCGGUUACCAGAUAUAUCAGACUCGGGCCGCGGCGGUUACCAGAUAUAUCAGACUCGGGCCGCGGCGGUUACCAGAUAUAUCAGACUCGGGCCGCGGCGGUUACCAGAUAUAUCAGACUCGGGCCGUGGCGGUUACCAGAUAUAUCAGACUCGGGCCGUGGCGGUUUGA